AUGUCGACAGCCGAGCAGAACUUUGCGCGGACGAUCCACACUGCAGCAUGUCUGAUAAUUGGUGAUGAGGUGCUUGGAGGCAAGGCACGUUCUAUCCUUACCGAGCUCAAUUCGGCCACCAAAGAUAGCAACUCGAAUUAUAUGGCAAACUUUUGUUUCCAAUUGGGCAUUCAACUCAAGAGGAUCGAGGUCAUAGAGGACGAUGAGUCGGAGAUCGUCGAAGCCGUCCGCAGGAUGAGUGACAAAUAUGAUUUCGUCAUUACCAGUGGUGGCAUUGGGCCGACGCAUGACGACAUCACCUACCAGUCCAUAGCCAAAGCUUUCGGGCUGAAGAUCAAGCUGUACGAGGAGGCGUACCAAAGGAUGAAGAAGCUGUCUCGGCCCCACCCAUCACAGCCAGCCUUCAACUGGGAUGAGGACAGUCCUGCCAAGAAGGCGAAGCUCAGAAUGGUCGAGUUGCCUACAGAGGACUCCGUCCCCCUCGAGAAGCAGUUCCUGUUCCCGCGGGAAGACCUAUGGGUGCCUGUUGCAGUAGUAAACGGCAACGUUCACAUCCUGCCUGGAGUGCCCCGUCUUUUUGAGGGACUGCUGGAUGGCUUGAAGCCGCAUAUUCUACCACGCCUGGUUGACCCUGAGGGCAAGGGCAUUCAUAGAGUGCUUAUAUCGACGCCAAUGGCCGAGAGUGCCGUGGCCACCUACCUGACCGAGCUGGCGACCAAGGUCGAGCCGCAGGGCGUCAAGGUGGGGUCUUAUCCUCGAUGGGAGAAGAAGAGAAAUACGGUGACUCUGGUCGGCAAAGACAGGGCGUACCUGGACAGUAUCAAGGAUGAGGUGGCUCAGAACGUCAAUGGACGGGUCGUGCAGGUUGAAGGCGAAGACGAUGACCUGCCCGACGCCAACUGA